GGUCAGACGGUCUCUCGCGGACCGGCUGAAAUUCGACGAAGUUGCAAACCGAAGAUCUAGGACAACAUCCCAGAACACAUUCCCUGCAUGACGUCGUAGAAGAUCCCUGAAGACCUGAGUCUACCUUCUGCACACACUCGAUCAUGUCAGCGACCGAAUAGGACGAUCUACAGUAAACUUCAUCGCACACUCGAGUAUUCCAGCUACCAACAUGUCGAAGACCAGCCCGAACGGGGCGGUGGACACGACGGAGAAGAAGCGUGACCCGGUCACCCAGGUGGCCGAGCAAGCCGUCGUGUGGAAGUCCAUGACCCUGCGUCAGAAGUGGUCCUACUUCACCAGCAGCAUCACCGUGGAACCCAUGAUCGCCUGCUUCGUGAUCCCGUCGAUGCUAGCUUCCCUGGCGACGCAGAACCUGAACCUGGAGAAGGCGUGCAGGGUGAACCUGGCCUACUCCGACGAGGUGUGCACCGCGCUGGCUAUGAGGAACACGACGGGCUACGAAGUCGAGGAGAUAGCCGUGCAGCAGCUGGUCGCCGGCAUGCAGACCUGGAAAACAGCUCUGACCAGCGGUCUGCCGACCAUCUUGAUCCUCUUCAUGGGUGCCUGGAGCGACCGUACGGGUCUGAGGAAACCCUGCAUGCUGCUGCCCAUCGUCGGAGAGUUCCUCAGCAGCGUGAGCAUGCUGCUGUGCACGUAUUUCUUUUACGAGGUGCCCAUGGAGGGCACCGGGGUGCUCGAGGCUCUGUGGCCGUCGCUCAUGGGCGGGUGGUUCACCAUGUUCAUGGGUGUUUUCAGUUACAUCGCGGAGAUCACGUCGGUGGAGUCGAGGACGCUUCGGAUCGGUGCCGCUAAUGUUUUCUUGUCGCUCGGUGUACCCAUCGGCAUGGCGCUGUCAGGGAUAUUGUACUUGAAACUGGGAUUUUACGGUGUUUUUGGGAUAUCGACCUUGUGUUACGUGUUGACGUUCAUUUAUGGACUCGUGGUGAUCAAGGAGGCGCCCAGGGUUAGGCUCAAACAGACGGAGAAGAUGUCCUUGUGUGGCGCGAUAGUGGACUUCUUUGCGUUCAAGCAUAUCAAGGAGACUUUUCGGGUGGCGUUUAAGAAGGGACAGAAUAACAGGCAGAAGAGGGUGAUGGUGCUUAUGGUCGUUGUUAUGGUUGUGAUCGGUCCGCUGUAUGGUGAAAUGGCAGUGAUGUACCUCUACACGAGAUACAGGUACCACUGGAACGAAGUGAUGUUCAGCAUGUUCACCACGUUCGCAAUGGUAACGAAUUUAAUCGGAACUGCAAUAUCUGUCGGCGUGUUCAGUCACAUCCUCAAGAUCGAUGAUGCUAUCGUUGGAAUCAUGAGUUCGAUGAGUAAAAUAUUAGCCGGUUUCGUUUAUGCGUUCGCUACCACCGAUUGGAUGAUUUAUUUAGCCGCCAUCGUAGAAAUCGUGAAUGGAACAUCCUUUAUAGCAAUGAGAUCGAUAGCAUCGAAACUGGUGGCCACCGACGAGCUCGGCAAGGUGAACUCGUUGUUUGGUGUUUGCGAGUCCAUGAUGCCGCUCGUUUACGGUCCUAUGUACAGUUCCAUUUACGCUGCCACUAUGAAAACGUUUCCGGGGACAUUCUUCAUUGUUGGCGCCUGUCUGACUAUGCCGGCAGUCUUCGCGUUCUUAUGGUUAUACACGGAACACAGAAGAGAUCGUAAACUAUUGGAAGAAGACAAGAAAGCGAAAAGUAAGGUCGAAGAAGCGGAUGAAAACGAUUCGAAGACUGAAAAAUGGCAGACUGCCGGCGAGAAGAAGACGGAAGUUCCUACGAUGAACGGUGUCGCGAACGCAGCCUUCGAAUCUGAUCAUUUGUAAAUGAGAACUUAAAUCGUAACGGUGAUGCAUAAGAAAGAAUUAUCAUUUAAUAACUUUGCGCUGAAAUAACUUACGAACAUGCUCUUGUACAAUCUAAAGAAUCUUCCCAAAAAAUGACAUACGACAAAAUACCUUCGCGUUGACAAUCCAAAAGAUGCUUAUAUCUUUUAUUUAACAUGACAAUGCUCAAACAUGAUUAUUCAAAUACAGAGUACAUUGAAAAACUCUCAAGUGAAAGUAAAUUCAUUUUAACAAUUUGUCUUUAAAAAAUGUUACAUGAUAUACUUACUUUUGGAAGUCGAUCCUGUGUAGUGCAAUUACGCACUCCUUCAACAUGAGAAUAAAAUAAUUCAAUUACAAUUAUGAGAACAGAUAAUCAAAAAUAUUUAUAGUAAUAGCGAUUCAUCAAAGCUAUUCUUUAUAUCAAAUUCCAGUACAAGCAGUUUCCGGUACUUAAUAAACAAUAGUAACGAUAAAUAAAAUGGAACAGAGAUCUGUUCAUUUGUAUCAGUAUUACGGACAUUACUUGCACAUAUUUUUUCCGAUCAUCAAUGUUAAUGGAAAAGAAAUAGGCAAAAUGAAAAAUGUUACAAAAACGUAACGUUGCGUUACUGUUAGAUAACCGAGAUAUGGGUUUUAUCUUGUGUUCGAUAUUCUUAAGUGAAUGCAAGUAUUAUAACAAAAGACAGUACCACGUUUUUCGUGAGAAAAAAUUGACCGAUCUGUUAUACGUUUUUAUUGAUUAGUAUUUACAUUAAGAACCUGCAUCAUUUUCCGUACACGCGCUAUAGCUUAUUGUGAUAUAGUACAAUAGUUUUGUAUUUAGAAAGUAAAUAAAGUUUACUGAAACAAUCAAUUGUAGCAUUGACUAUUCCAUUGAAUUUCUAUAUA